GAAACCAUCAGUCAAUCCAUAUCUAUCUCCCCCCCCUGAAACAAUGGCGGCAUCCGUCUCAACCGUGAGUUUGAAGCUCCUCAUAGAUAAGAAGACACGAAAAGUUAUUUUCGCCGAAGCCGACAAGUCCUUCGUGGAUUUCUUGUUUCACCUCAUGUCGUUGCCGCUAGGGACCGUUAUCAAACUCGUGAACGAGAGUUCCAUGGUCGGUUCCCUCGGAAAUCUCUACGGCAGCAUAAAAAACAUUAGCCAAACUUUCCUCCAACCCAACGUAAACAAAGGUGUCCUUUUGAACCCAAAAGUCGUUGCCACUCACUCUUUCAACGCGCCACUUCUCUUGGCCGCCGGUAACGCUUCCGAGGCCAACAAGUUUUACUAUUGUAAUGGCUGCUGCAGCAGUUAUGGUCGCUGCCGGUUCAUCUCCGACGACCCGACAGCUAUUUGUCCUCAAUCCAAGUCCAAAAUGAGUACCGAGGCGUCUUAUGUUGCUCCGGUGAAGGCGGAUUCUACUAGCAGGGAUGAAAGUGGUGGGGGGUUUGUGAAGGGUGUUGUGACGUACAUGGUGACGGAUGACUUGAAGGUGAUGCCGCAUUCCACCAUUUCUACCAUUACCGUUUACAAUGAUUUCAAUAUCAAGGACUUUCGAUCCGUUGAGGUUAAGGAUGUUCGUGUGGGUGUUGAUGAGGUACUGAAGGUGUUGAAAGCUGCUCUGCAUACUGACUCCGUUCUCACAACCGUAUUCCUUGGGGAAUAGGCUUAAUUUACUGCAACUUGCCAACAACCUUUCUAUGGCUUACUGGCUAGCUUUUGGGAACAUGUUACUAGAGUGUUUAGUUAAAAGUACUCUAAUGCGAUCUCGUUGAAUUUUAUCUAU